UGCGCAGAUAACUCUUCGGAAGGUCGGUAUCUGGACACAGAAGAUGGCGGAGCUGGGUGAGGCGGAUGAAGCUGAGUUGCAACGCCUGGUGGCGGCCGAACAGCAGAAAGCGCAGUUCACUGCACAGGUGCAUCACUUCAUGGAGCUAUGUUGGGAUAAAUGUGUGGAGAAGCCAGGGAAUCGCUUAGACUCUCGCACGGAAAAUUGUCUCUCUAGCUGUGUGGACCGCUUCAUUGACACUACUCUUGCUAUCACCAGUCGGUUUGCCCAGAUUGUACAGAAAGGAGGGCAGUAAGCCACCCCUGGAAGAAUGACAGCAGCAGCCAAGGACUGAUUAAGCAGACUGAAGGGCCAGCAGGGGAAGGCAGCCAGUUCUCUGUCGGAUUAGCUUAAGGCAGCUACCAAGCCUGUUGGUGCUAAAAAGGAACAGAUCAGAUGUUCAAAAAGUGAAAUUUAUUGGGAACUCAGAAAUUCCAUCUUGUAUCACAACAAUUUAUUCAAUAAAUGUGAAUUCUCCAACUCUC